CCAACAUCAACAGCAAGCGCAGGUGGGCAGGCCUCAGCCCUCCUCCCCCACCCCAAGGCCAGCUGCAGCCUCAGCCUCCGCCACCUGCCCGGCCAGCACGAUGGUCCGAUGCCGCGGGAGGAGUCCCAGCGAACAUCCACAGCAUGGGCAUGAGCAGCAGCGACAGUGCCAGGAGCAGGAGGAGGAGCAGGCUGUGAACCCCGAGGACAUCCCCACGGCCGAAGGAAGGACCAACAAAGACUAUCACUACAGACACAGGCACUGCUCCCGGAGGCGACGGUACAGGGUCCACCAGAGGCGGCGACGCUCCUGCCGGAGGCGCCGCAGACGGGCCUGCAGGCACAGGAGACAUCACCGAGGCUCCAGAAGGGUCAGGAGGAGGAGAUACAGGAGGUGCCACUAAACCUUCCCGGGCCCAUUGGCACCCCCGGCUGGAAAGUAAGGAAAAGUCACCCGCCGGAGAACCACCUCGCGAGACAACGGCGAUCCCCCGACCUGGGAUGCCCAAGCCCUGAGUUUGCAAGGAGCCCACAAAAUUGUGACUAAAAUGAGCCCGAGUCAUCU